AUUCGCGUUGAGUUGUAUUGAACCGCGAUAACGACGCAUACGUACGAAAUCACAGAGUAAUUUUAUCAAAAAUGCAUCGGUUUCUUAGCAUAUAAACAGAGCUAUUUGAAUAUCUUUGAUUACACCGGUUUCAACAGUGCAUACAAUGUUAGUUUUGUGAAUUGUUAAUUGGAAAAAAAACACACUUUAUAUCGAGAAUUAUUUGAAUUUAUCGUGAAUUUACUUAUUGCACCAAAAAAGUAAUUAGUGUGACUUGUUGACUACACAUUUAAUUUAAUAAUUGGAAUUAAAUCAUUCAAUACCCAAUAUGGAUCAAGUUGUACUUGUUGAAUUUGAGGAUGCUACAGAUAACUUGUAUCCAGCGUUAUUCCAGUGUUUUACUAUAAUUUUAUGCGGGUACAUAGCUGGACGUCUCAAUGUAGUAUCAGCAACAGAAUCAAAGGGCAUUGCCACAUUUGUAGGCACUUUUGCAUUGCCAUCUCUAAUAUUUCUGUCCCUUGCCCAAUUAGACUUCAGUACAGUAAAUUGGACCUUUCUUGGUGCAAUACUGCUUGCAAAAGGCAUGGUAUUCUUUGCUGUAAUGAUUGUAACUAUGCUGGUAUCCAAACCCUUGAAUUUGGGAAGAGCAGGAAUAUUUGCAAUAUUUUGCACACAAAGCAAUGACUUUGCUCUGGGAUAUCCUAUCAUAAAUGCAUUAUACCAAAAAAGUCACCCUGAAUAUGCUCUCUAUUUGUAUUUGAUGGCACCAAUUUCUCUGGCAAUAUUGAAUCCAAUUGCUUUUGUGUUAAUGGAGAUAAAUAAACAAAGAGAACAAACACCAGCUAUAACUAUUGAAGGUGAAUCAGCAUGGUGUAUUUGUAGUAGGAAAUUGUUGAAGCAGAUUGCUAAAGGCAUUGCUUUCAAUCCUGUGGUGGUGAUGACAGUGCUUGGUAUUUUUGGAAAUGCUGCAUUUAAACACCAACUCUCCAUUUACAUUGAAGGACUUUUAGAGGUAUUUGGUCAAUCGUUUGCAGCAACUGCUCUAUUCUUGCUUGGAUUACGCAUGGUAGGACAGAUCCACAGACUAAGGGGACCCGCCCUUUUGUUGCCAUGUGUUCUGAUUAUGGUUAAAUUAAUCGUCCUGCCGGUAGUGAUGAGGGAAAGUGUAAGCGCCUUGAAUGCCGGUGCAAAUGAAUCCGAAACUUUAUCACUCUCCACUUAUGCGUUCUUAUAUGGAACAAUACCGACCGCGCCGGCAGUCUUCGUAUUCUCGAACUUAUAUCAACUAGAAAUCGACUUGAUGGCAUCCUCUAUGGUGAUAUGCACGUUCUUGUCAGCGCCCAUGAUGUUCAUGUCGGCACAAAUGAUAGCUAUUAACAAAGAUUUUGCGGAUCAGCUGAAGAAGUUCGGUUUCGACCUGUCGAUAGUGUCAUUAAUCGCAUCGAUAUGGAUACUAUUUGUAUUCAUAGUGACGAAGAAAUAUAAACGAAUGCCACACCGAUUGACUCUGUGCUUGAUUGUGUCACAGCUACUUUUGGCUAUCAGUGUGGUAUGGGGCGGGCCCCUUACUAACUACACUCCGUCGUGGCAUGCAAGCGUGCAGCAGGCUCUCCGAAUAUUCAGCAUGUACUCCUGCCUACUGUGGACCUCUAUGCUCUCUGUUGGACUUCUCAUGUUGCAGAGCCGUGGGCCAUGUUUUGUGGUUACACUAUGGCCGGUGUUAGGCUUUGUGGCAUGGGGUGCGCCUGUUGUGAUGGUUGUGGUGUUACUGGCGACCAAGGGCACUGGUGACUUGGACUGCAAGGCCACUGAUGCGAUACGACUCUGUUUACUUGUGUUCUGUAUUACAGUAACCAUCGGCUGUCUAAUCCUUUACAUAAGGUUCAGACGUCGCAGCGCUCAGUUUGCUUCGCUCUCCGCCGACUUAGCCACCAGCUCCAGUCCACGCGAGGAGUCUACCAGCUUGAUCGAUAACGCAGAACCAGCAUCGCAGACACAGUCUAUAGCCAAUAAUAGCAAUGGUUGUUACGGAGCCAUUACGUCAUCCCCAUCACCGCGCACUCCACGCAAGCAGUCUGGAUGUUGUUCUGACGAUCCUAACUGUGAGAAUGGAUUGACGGCUUCACGUGACAUUGAAGACAUUGCUGAUACUAAGGACUGUGCUUGCCCACCAUCCCAGAAGCACCGCUGCACGGAGCCAGGAGCGUGUCAGUACUUGAACGAGCUGGAGCGGGCGGCGGGCGCGCUGGGUCUCCUACCGCCCGAGCAGACACGCGGCCGCGGUGGACAACUACUCAAGCAUACUGUACUUAUCAUUGUGUACAGUCUCAGCAUGUUUAUUGGCAUUACCUACACGACUUGGCGUAUGAUGCUGAAGGAUGAGAGUGGAGUGUUCGUCGAGAUAGAGUUUCUGGACAUAGUGGCCAACUAUGGACAAGCACUAGUCAUGUUCAUACUGUUCGGACUCGACCCGGAAGAAAUACUGAUACCCACUAUCCGAUUCUUGAAGACUAAAUGGUAUGGAGGAGACACAGUGGUUUUGCCGUCCAUAGAAGACCUGAGCUUCGAAACCAAGCAUGUUUGCGACCAGUUCAUCACACAUCACCUUGAUCGCUGCAAGGAGGCUAUUGCUAAAGAUACUAGAUGGCGUAUGCGCACAUACCGUAGUGUAUUCCGAGGCUCGUGUCUGGUUCGCUGGCUAAUAAACUGCGGCUUGGCGAAAGAUGAACAUGAAGCAGUGCAAUAUGGCCGGCAUCUACUCAACGGACGACUCAUAUCACACGUGAACAACGCUCAUCAUUUCUCUAAUUCACCUCUGUUGUACACGUUCAAAUAAAUAUCUGAUUGUUUAGUAUUAAUAUUUUGGCAUCUUGCACAGUGGACGGCCACGAUUACGAACUAAAGGUACCAUACUUAUCAUUUAGGACUAGUUUGAAGACUUGGGCAUAUCUGUAAAGAUUGCGACUGACCAAGUUUGCAGUCACAAUCACAAUCGUAUCGUAACCGUGGCGUCUUGUGCGCGAGGUGCUUCAAUCAAAUGAAGUGUAGAGUAUUAUUUUUAUUAAAAGUCUCUAACACUUCAUUUGCUCUCAUAUUGCUUAAACACGACUAUGGACAUGCCAAAACUGAAAUAUUAGUAUAAUCACACACAUAUUUUACCAUUAUGUACUUAUAAGAGUUUAAAUAUUUAGUUAUCAAUUUACAUGGAGAUUUCAGAUCUCAACAAACUACAUAUUGUUGUUGUUACUUAGGAAAAUAUCUCAAAUUUAAAUACGGUUUACUUUAUCAACAUUAGGUGCUUUUUAAAUAUUGAUAUAGAAUUUUCUGGUGCUGAAGUUAACCAAAAAAUACUUUGUUAAUAAUUUUAUUGUUUUUAAAGACAUUAUUAUUGUCCAUUUAGAUUUGUAGUUAUUUCGUUUAUUAUUUAUUUAUAUUUAGAUGCAUUAUGGCCAAUGGUUUCUAUUAUAUGAUCUCAUUAAGGCAAAUACUGAAAUUAGGUGUAAGCAUCACCCAAAAACUAGUAAAUAUAAAACCCAAAAUCUGUUUGGAGUUCACAAAAAUCGUACUGCAAUAUGCAGCGAUUGCGAUAGGAAUAUUAGAUUUUUUAUUAAUUUGCUGCUAUGUAGGCAUAGCAUGUGUCUUGUUUUAUCCAAAAAUCAUAGAAUGAUAUACGGGUUUAUUGGAUGUGAUGAUUCUGUUAUACACCUAGCUACUUGUACAUUGUAUUAUUUGUAGAAGAUCAAGUUGGUUUUAUUUCAUUGAUCAUUCGAUAGUGAUUACGAUCUUUAGAUAUCCUACAGGGAAAACUUAAAAUGUGAAAUACAAACAUUUUGCCAUUAGUUUCAAGCAACAUAGUUAUAUUAACAUGUUACAAUAUAGUAGUAUGAAGAUACAUUCAUUCAAGAAAUCUAUUUAAAUAUGAUUUUAUUAAGUAAGGAAGGGUUUUAUCAGUUUUAACUGUAUCACUUCAUACAAGCUGUAUUUUUUUUAGUAUGUUGCGUUUUUAAGUUCUAGACAUAUAUGUAAGAUGUGUGUACAGACUGCUUCAUUGGUCGCAAGGAGUCUCGAUGUGUCCAGUUUAUGGCGGCUGGCUCGGACUCAUUUUACCUAAAGAUACAUGAAAGCUAGGUCUAACUAAAGCUUUCUUGAUAUUAUUUAUACAAUCCUAUUUUAUUGUGCAAGUUGCAGUCUGUUUUGUGUCUGUGAUGACGCCAUGAACAAAUAGUGUUAGGAAUUAUAGAAUCUUAAUUAUUUAUAUUCCUAUUUUAAUCUAUUUUAGAUGCUAAUAGUAAAUGUGCGCAAAAAUAUUUGUGAUGUUCGGCUGUUAUUGUUUGCUCUUGUAAUAGUGUUAAGAAAAAUAUCGUAAAUUAUAAUCUUAAUGUUUAAGGAUAAUUAAAUGUAUUAUCAUAUUUAUACAAUUAUAUUGUUGUAUUUUCUGAUUGAGCAUCAAAAAAUGUUAAAAAAAAAAUAUAAUUGUUGCAUUAUAUUAUAGUUUUACUAUUUAACAAUUAUCACAUUUCACUUAAAUAUUAUAUAAUGAAAACAUUAGGGUCUUUUUAUAAUAAUGUAUAUUUAUUCAGCAUUUUCUUCAUCAUUCUCAUCUCCAUCAUCUUGCUCUGGGGCUUCCCACCAAGUUAGCAGACCUAAUCCUGGUUCAUUUAUCCCACCUACUAUUCUGUAUGGAGCCACAGUCUGUAUUGUGCACUCAGUACCAGGAGGCCCAGUAGGUAAACUUUCUUCAAAGGUUUCACUAGUGAUCCGAAAUCUUAUUGACUCUCCUG